AUGAGUACACAUCCUAUUCGUAAUAAUAAUAAUCAUUCCCAACGACGAUAUCGUACAAAUAAUAAUCGUCAACGUCCUGAUAAAAAAAUUAACGCAUCUGCUGAACAAACUAGAUCAGAUCUUAUUCAACAAUUUAAUUUUUAUUGUGCUAGUUUACAUACACGGCAUAUAUAUGAUUUUGAUAUUGAUGGACAAAAUAAUCAUCGAUGCACGUUGACAUUAUCGGUAUUUCCAAAUUUACAAUCAAUUGGAAAUGGAGGAAAAUCAAAACAAGAAGCUAAAGCAAAUUCUAUCAUUGCUUUUCUUGCUCAUAUGGAAAAACGGAAACAAGUUGGAUUAUUUGUACCAUAUCUGAUUCCAAGUCUUCAUCGUAGUAUUCAAGUUGAACUACGUCGAGCAGCUGUUUCAACACCAGAUUUAAAUAUAAAUGCAAACGAAUAUCUGUUACAUGAUCGAAUAAUAUCAAAACGUCAAGCAAAGAAACUCGAGCAAAUACUUCGAAUUAUACAACGAAUUUGCGGUGUUCGUAUAGUAACAUUAUCUCAAUCAUCGAAUAUGACAUUUAUCUAUAUAGUUGGUGCUAAAUUACAACAAGACUUAAUUCAACCAUAUAUAAAUGCUUUGUUUCAACCAGAUAAUGAACAGAUGUUUAAUUAUGGUGAAAAAUUAUUUGAUAUAUUUAGUGAUGAGACAUUCCUUGACAAUGUUUGUCAACGUCUUAAAGUUUUAUGUGAUAAUCAUUUAGAAAAAUGUAAAUUAUUUAUUCGUGGAAGUUCUGUUAAUGUACAAUGUUGUUAUAAUGAAUUUGUUAUACUUCGUCGUGAAUAUGAAAAUGAAUUUCAUCGACAACGAAAAAAUGCUUAUCCAGCAGCAACGACUGUUUCUUCAAAUCAGAUUGAAUUAAAAACUACUACGGAACAGUUAGAAUCAACACGUAUUGAUAAUAAUGAUAAAUCAUCAUCGAUAGAAGAAAAAACUGAUGAUCAAUUACCAGAUUAUUCAAAUUAUGAUGAUGAUGUUAAUGCAUCAAUCUUAAAAGUAUUAAGAGAUGAAGAAGAUAGUGAAGAAAAAACACUAGAUCAAGAUGCAACAAUAAAAAAAUCACCAAGUAUUAUUGAAAUUUCUGAUGAUUCAUCGGACAGUGCUGAACCAGAAGUUCUUCAAACAAUUGUACGAAAACCUAUAAAGAAAAUAAACCAUACACCAUUACCUAUUCAAACUCAUCCUGUAACUACUCAACCAAUUUUUGAUACAAACAAUCAAAAUAUAUCUCAUGUACCUCAAUUACCAUUAUCAACAGCACGACCACUUCCAACAAGAGUUCUUCGUCAUAUUGUUUUAGAUGGGCAAAAUGUUGCUCGAAAUUCAAAUGAUUAUGAUCGCUCAUUUUCUUGGUCUCGUCUAUUUAAUGCAAUCCAUUAUUUUAAAAAUCGUGGACACGAAAAUAUUAUUGCUUUUCUUCCUCUGUAUUUGCGUGAUUAUUCAAAUAAACAUCAAUCAGCGAAUGAUGCAACUCGUGAACGACAGCAUCGUGAUUUUUUAAUUAAUUCACGUUAUAUUGCAUUUACACCUUCACGAUAUAAUAACGGUCAACGUUUAACAAAUUAUGAUGAUCGAUUUAUAUUACAAUAUGCAGCUGAUAAUGAUGGAAUCGUGGUCAGUAAUGAUAAUUUUCGUGACCUUCAACAUGAACAAAGUUUUCAAUUUAUUAUUAAUCAUCGAAUUUUGCCAUUUGCAACCAUCAAUGAGACAUUUAUGCCUGCAACUGAUCCACUUGGUCGUAAUGGACCGCAUCUUGAUGAAUUUCUUCUAUCGAAUAGAAUUCUGUGA